UCAUGUGAUUUGAGUGGUAGAAAUUUGUUAUCCAAAUUUGGCCUCAAACCCACGGACAAUAUUGUUCUCCUGGUGGUCAUCACUUACAUAACUACCAGAAUUUCGGCAUUUCUGCACGUGUGCUGGAUGGAAAAAUGGUAGCCAUAGAUUGCCUGGUGACGGGACAUUCGGCUAAUCUAUAGCCAUGCUGCUAUGCAAGUGCGGGACAAUCGCUGCGGAUUUUUACAACACAUACACACCUGUUGGAGAUAACAACAGCUAUUGUUUUUGAUCGGUCCACAGCGUUUGUUUGGUGAUCACCAUGGCGAUUGUUCGCGCUGAACCGACUGGGGUUCCCCCAACUGUGACAACCGUGGCCAAUCCUCCUGCAGUACCUAUCUUCUGUUGGCGGGAGUUUGCUUGUGGGUGGGGAGCAGCCUUUGUAAACAUUACCGUGACAUACCCGAUCUACAAAAUGAUUUUCCGGCAAAUGCUGCACGGAGUGCAGCUAACGCAAGCCUUCGGGCAGCUGCGUAGUGAAGGAAUGACCUAUCUGUAUCGGGGUAUUUUCCCACCUUUGGCCCAAAAAACAAUAUCCCUGUCGCUAAUGUUCGGGGUGUACGACAGCACACGGCGGCCACUGGUGGAGUACUGUCACGUAAAUCCUUACACAGCCAAAACAGUAGCUGGAAUGGUGGCGGGAACAUUCGAAGCAAUGCUAAUGCCAUUCGAACGAGUGCAAACGCUGCUAGCGGAUGCGACCUAUCAUCAAAAAUAUCGCAACACUCAUCAUGCGUUCAAAAUAAUCAUCCUGGAAAAUGGCUUUAAAGAGUUAUACCGCGGCUUGGUACCGGUUCUUUGGCGCAAUGGACCAUCGAAUGCAAUGUUUUUCGUGUUGAGAGAGGAAGCCGAUAGCCGUUUACCAAAGCGGGUUUCAAUAGUUUCGCAACGUAUGCAGGAAUUUGUUGCCGGAGCCUGCAUUGGUGCAUUUAUCAGUUCGCUGUUUUAUCCACUGAAUGUGGUGAAGGUGACCAUGCAGUGCCGUGUUGGAGGACCUUACGAUAGUAUGUGGACAGCAUUAAUGCAGGUGUACAAUGAGCGAGAUCGACGGUUAAGAAAUGUGUACAAGGGUGUCAGUAUGAAUUGCACCCGCGCGUUUUUCAGCUGGGGUAUCAUGAAUACGGCUUACGAACAGCUGAAAAAAGUGUUCUAUUGAGAUUGAGUGUAAAACAAAAUCCAACGGUCCUGAGGAAUGGUAUUACGCUACGCUGUAAAUAUUUGAACCAUUGCGGUUGUUAUAUCGCAACGUCUUGACAAACGUAAGCACCAGUCAUACUAGGUGGUGUGAUCUCAGAUCACAAUUCUCCCAUUUUACUCUUCGCUUAAACCAAACCAUCUCCGUAAACACAUAAGUUCCCCACUAUCGCGCGUUUCCGCAGUUGCAUUUAAUGCGAUCCUGGUGUACAGACGAGAUUUCUAGUUGUUCUAUCAUCGUUAAACACACGUGCUUAAAGUAUUCUUUUGUCGUUUUGGCCUCAUAUUGUAAAUAUAUAUAGGUAUGUAAAUAAUUGUAGAGCGUUCUACCUACACCACAUCCCCCCGGUAUAUUCGUUUAGGUGUAGUGUAGUAAAAUUGCAUAGUAAACAAGGAAGGUAAACGUUGCUUUAAGCGCAAAAAUAAUCCCAAAGGAUGUCCCAAUAUUAUUGGGUUGUGUCGUACAAUAAAACGUUCUAGUUCUACAGUUGCAAUAGCGAUCUAAUAAGUAUAGCAUGCGGUGUGUGUGUAACAAAGGUUAGAUUGUAUAUUAAUGGUUUCGCAUUGCGAUAUAAGGCGUGAUCUGUACCGAAAUUCGCAUUAAUUUAAAUAAGAAAAUUGCCAUCUUCAGCACAAAUCGUAUUUUCAUAUGGGAUUGUGUUGUUCGCUAUGUUUAAUGUGCAACACGUACGGAAAAUUGUAUCCCCAACUUAGGAAAAUUAAGAUUUAUUGCAAUCAACAAAAGAAUAAAAUUGUUUGCCUGUGUGGCGAAUUGAUAAUUCUAAUCAAACCUUUUAGUCCAAUUA